AUGUCAACCAUAGAGAUUGCGCGCAAAUUCCUCCAACCCUUAAUUCAAAAACAAAGCUUGACCAAUGAAUUGAUCGUUAUCGGAGUGAGUGGCCCCCAGGGAUCAGGAAAGACCUAUCUUUCAUCGCACCUAAGAGAGAGACUCCAACAACUCUUUCCCCAAUUGCAUUGUGUGGAUAUAUCCAUUGAUGAUUUCUAUCUUAGUUUCGAAGAUCAACUCAAGCUCGCAAUUGAAAACCCAACCAAUUGGCUCGUCUCGGGAAGAGGUCCUCCAGGCACGCAUGAUAUAGAGCUCAUGAACGACACCAUGAGCAAGCUUAGAAAGAAGCUACCGAACAUAUCGAUACCACGCUACAACAAGUCUGCUCACGAAGGAAGAGGAGAUCGAGCCCCGAUUUCUGAGUGGGUCCAUAUAGGGGCAAAACCUGUUGACGUGGUGAUUCUUGAAGGCUGGUUCACCGGAUACACCGCCAUUGAGACCUCGGAAGACUUGGCCAAUAUGUGGAGUAAUAUCAAGAGUGAAAAAUCCCCCAAAUUUGACAAAAUUAGACUGCAAGAUAUAGAAUUUAUUAAUUCGAAGCUCAAAGAGUACCAAGAAACGUGGAAACUGUUCGAUGCUUUUGUCUACAUCACAACAGACUCCAUAGACAAUGUCUAUCAUUGGAGGCAGCAGCAGGAGCAUGCGCUCAUUCAAAGCAAAGGCACUGGGAUGACCGAUGAAGAGGUCCAAUUGUUUGUCGAUAGGUACAUGCCAUCGUACUAUCUUUAUUAUGAUAAACUCGCCGAGAAAGGUUGUGGGUCCACGAAACACAACUGCAGAAUCAAAAUUGACCUAGCGAGACAGGUGAUUAGUUUCCGUGGUCUCAAUCAGGGUGCGCUUUUGUGA